AUGCUACAAUUUAAACUAGUCUUGCUUGGCGAUUCGUCGGUUGGUAAAUCGUCCAUUGUCCAUAGGUUUGUCAAGGACUCGUUUGAUGAGUUCAGAGAGAGUACCAUAGGCGCAGCCUUUCUAUCGCAAACGGUAAAGCUAGAGAAACACCAAGAUGUAACGAUCAAAUUCGAAAUCUGGGACACAGCUGGUCAGGAAAGGUACAAGUCACUUGCUCCCAUGUACUAUCGAAACGCUAAUGCAGCACUAAUAGUAUAUGAUGUGACCCAACCUGGUUCGCUGGUAAAGGCUCAAAGCUGGGUAGAAGAACUCAAACACAAAGUCGGCGACCAGGAUUUGGUCAUAUGUCUGGUGGGCAACAAGCUAGAUCUCUGUGAAGCCGAUUCUUCAGUUCGACAGGUGGAAAUCGACGAUGCACAAACAUAUGCCCAGGAGCAGCAUUUGCUGUUCCACGAGGUUAGUGCCAAGACUGGUGCAGGUAUCGCUAAAAUCUUUCAAGAAAUGGGUGAGAAGGUUUAUGAGCGGAAAACCGCGGAAUCUGCAGCAUCCGCAGCAACCCAACCUCGCAAAACGCUCAACGUUGAACUUCAAAGGCCAUCGACGAAUGACUCCACUUCGUGCUGUGCUUGA